UUGUCUAACAACAAAUUUUAGUUUUUGGCACGAAUUUAUCGUUAUAAAUUUGCUGUUUUCUCCGCUGAUAGUGCACGGGUCAGCGAAUCUCUGAUGUCUGCCGGUGUAUUUAAAGCUCCAAAGGCCAUCAAAGCUGAAAAGCAAGAGUCGGAAGAGGUGAAUGGGCAGAUGUCUCCAAUGCCGAAGCGACGGCGGACGGCCGAAGAUUUUUACACAUUUUGUAAUUAUAUCCUUGAGCAUGAGCAGUAUGAAUUGAAGAAGCAAGAGGAGCUCCGGUUGAAGAACAGCAGUCCACUGGACAGCACGGGGAGCAACAGCGGCACAGAGAGCGUCCUAUCCGAGGGACCGAACAGCGGGACGACGCCGCGCAGCAAUGGCCUGACGCCGGACCGCAAGAACGCGAGCGAUCUGGAGACGGGAGCCGAUUACUACGAGGACUCCUGGGACGUGGUGACCUGCUUCUGCAUGAAGCCGUUUGGCGGCCGACCGAUGAUCGAGUGUUCGGAGUGCUUGAUAUGGAUUCACUUGUCGUGCGCGAAAAUUCGCAAGUCGAACAUUCCCGACGUGUACAUUUGCCAGCGGUGCCGUGAGAGCCGCGCCUCGUCGCGCAAGUCUGACCGAGUGAACAAGCGCGACAGCACGUAGGCGAGUGGCGCCACCUGUCGAUGCGCGAAUCGUUCUUCGUCGUCGUUGUUGUACAGUGAAACACCAGACAGUCGUGCGAAGAUCCGCCGCCAAUUUUUUUCCCGUUCGCGGCGAGACCCGGUGUUUGUACGUUGCCCGCAGACGCUGCGGCAGUGGCGGUUGUCGUCGGCCGUUUCUUCUCCGUUCAGUGGGAAACACGUGAGCCGGUAAUCGUUGUCUGAACGUGGGCAUCGCUGUUGUCAGGCAAUGGCUUCCGCUGUCUGUGGCCAGACGUGCGAGAGCGAGAACGAUCAUGAAAAGGAGGAUCAUGGAAAGCCUGCGUGUGAAAGCCGCCGGUGCCACGCUCGUCGAUCUCCGUUAUUGAAAGCAAGCGACUGUGAGAGUUUUCUCGCAUUCGGCCAGGAUUUAGAGACGGGAUCUUCGGCAAGCGUGCUGCUGACACUACAGAGUCUACUAGUACUACUGGGACGGUCUUCGCUAUCGAUGUGUGUCGGUUCCUAGCUGACGAUUCAACUCCGGAGACAGAUAUAUUCUUAUAAUUGCCAACUGUGUGUGGUUUUGACAUGAGUGUUUGCUAUUAGGGGGAUAAGGAGAUCACUCUCAACUUUCUCCUACUUCCUGGGAGGUUCUGCCUCACGAUUUACCCGAGCGAGUGAAAUUGUAAGAUUUUGUCCGUUACGUGCCACAGUCAGCGGGAGAAGUCGAUGCCAUGUACAUACAUGUAAACUAGAGAUGAUAACACUUCAUGUAAACCAUUGGAGGGAGAUUGCACUCUGGAUGAUGAAGUUUUACAAUAUUUUGUGCUAUAUGCAGAAGUGUAAUUGUGCAGCAACCCACCGGUGUGUGUGCGAGUAUCGUCACCCCAGGCCAGUAUUGGGUAAAAAUCUUAGUGAAAACCGAGUUAUGAUACCUUACAAAUGUACUAAGUACUAACCAUAGCCUCUAUACGUAAAUAUGUACAUAAUGUAGCAGCAGGCAUACAUUGGUGAUGAUGCGAUUGCGUGUGUACACGUGCGUGCGUGCGCCCAUUUUGUUGAUGGCCGAUAUGUAAUUGUCUGCGUAUAUGCAUAGUCAUGAGAGAUGUGCAUGCACAUCUUGAAUGUAAAUGACAAUGUUUGAACUGCUGAACAUAAGAGUUCACCAACUAUUGUUCGAGGACAUUUCUGCAAUAAAACACGUUAUUCACACUAUUGUUUGGAAGCCCUGUCUCAUGACGAUUGUAUCGCUGGGUCAUUGUCUCAUUGGAUGGUUGUCUCACUGGAUGAUUGUCUUAUUGGACAGUUGUCUUACUAGGCGAUUGUCUCAUUGUACAGUUCAUGGAACGAUUGUCUCAUCUAUGAUUGUCUCAACUAAUUUUAUCUGCAUCUUCAUCUCAAACGAAACGCUUGUCAAUAAUUACUGGUUAUAAUUGGUUAUAUUUCUAAUUGAGGCUGCCGAUGUUGCAUUACAGUGGGAGUAUGGGGUUAUUAGUAAUAGUAGCCAUCGCCAUGCAUUGACUGUGUUGAUAUCUUCAUGUUGUCAUAGCGAGGGUAAUCUUGUGAAUCCAUUUGCUAUUUACUUGUAUACAUAUCACAAGUGUAAUGAGUCGGAAACCAUUUCACCUUAUUAAGCUAUCAUUUUGAUUUCACGCCUUUUACUAUUUUAAAGGUAAUUGUUCGAAUGGAUUGUAAUUUUAUUAUGAGUUGGUUUACAAAACAUGCCAGUGAAAUCCGUUCAUUCCCACAGCCACAGUAAACAAUUAUGUUUUGACAUUUUAAAAUGACAUUGGUCCGAUUAACAUGGUAACUGUGAGCGUGAUCUUUUCUGUGAUUCCUUCAGUGACGGUUCUGUCCUGCAAUACUUUUCUAAUGAUAGUGUUGACCUUUAAACCACUGUGACACCAAAAUGGACUGAAUUGAAAUUAAUCCUAACUAGUAAUACCGUUUGCAAUUCGCAUAAGCAUUUUGGAAUUCCUUUUUGGUGAUUGAUAGAUGGAUUAAUCGUUGGACCCUAACCAUUAUGAUACUCGAUGUUCUGAGAAAAUUAUUAAAAUCAGCGGAAUGCCAAAUUAUGGUUUGUCGACAGCUAUGCGCGCACACCUAAUUGGUCUGAAAAUAUAAAUUUUUAAUGAAGAAAAUUGGCUUCAUUUCACGCUGAUGUAUAUUCGUUGUUAGAUUACAUUUACGAGAAAGAGUAGGAACGAUUGCUAACGUACACCAGUGUUCGUGGCAGUCAGAAACCCCUGCAUUUUACGUGUAUUGAGAGCCCAUCCGUGACCAUUAAAACAUCCUAUUCCUGAUCAAAA